UGCCUGAAGCUGUGCCUGAAGCUGUUCAAGUGCCUGAGGCUGUACAAGCGCCUGAGGCUGUACCAGUACCUGAAGCUGUACAAGCACCUGAAGCUGUACAAGCACCUGAAGCUGUACAAGCACCUGAAGCUGUACAAGCACCUGAAGCUGUUCAAGUGCCUGAAGCUGUGCCUGAGGCUGUACAAGUACCUGAAGCUGUGCCUAGAGCUGUACAAGCACCUGAAGCUUUACAAGCACCUGAAGCUGUACAAGCACCUGAAGCUGUACAAGCGCCUCAAGCUGUACAAGCGCCUGAAGCUGUACAAGUGCCUGAUGCUGUACAAGUGUCUGAAGCUGUACAAGCACCUGAAGCUCUACAAGUGCCUGAAGCUGUACAAGUGCCUGAUGCUGUACAAGUGCCUGAAGCUGUACAAGUGCCUGAUGCUGUACAAGCACCUGAAGCUGUACAAGCACCUGAGGCUGUGCCUGAAGCUGUAUGA